AUGUCGACCAAGAAUGCUAUUGUUUCCAUUUACGCAGCAGUAGCAACAAUUCUGCUAAUCUCCCCCAUCGUCAUCUCACACGACACGACACCGAUUCCGGCAGACGCGGCGCAAGUGAGCAACUGGUUUAAGGCCAAUGUCAAGUCGUUAGGGGAACGUAAGGCGACCUUAGACCCUGCUUUGGCUGCAGCAGAGGCUAGUGUCAAAGUCAUUAAGGUUAGCAAAAGUGGUGGUCAAUUCAAGACUAUAAAUGAAGCCAUCAAGAGUAUUCCUUCUGGGAACAAACAACGUGUAAUUAUCUCAAUUGGACCUGGAGAGUACAAAGAGAAGGUCACAAUCGAUCGUUCCAAGCCUUUUGUUACAUUGUAUGGUGCACCCAAUGCAAUGCCAACAAUUGUUUACAGUGGCACGGCCGCUCAAUAUGGAACUGUCAAUAGCGCUACCUUGAUCACGGAGUCCGAUUACUUUGUCGCUGCCAAUAUCAUUGUUAAGAAUUCUGCGCCGAGGCCGGAUGGGAAGAGAAAGGGAGCACAGGCGGUGGCCGCAAGGAUCUCAGGAGACAAAUCAGCAAUGUAUAAUUGCAAACUUAUCGGAUUCCAGGACACCCUGUGUGAUGAUAAGGGCCUUCAUUUCUUCAAGGACUGUUUGAUUACCGGAACCGUUGAUUUCAUCUUUGGAAAUGCCAAGUCCCUCUAUUUGAACACAGAGCUAAAUGUGAUACCAGAAGGAGGGUUUACUGUGAUAACUGCACACGCAAGACAAAACAAUGCAGAAGAUACUGGAUAUGCAUUUGUGCAUUGCAAAGUAACAGGAGGUGGGAAGGGAACCUACUUGGGAAGAGCAUGGAUGCCUAAUCCCAAAGUCAUUUUUGCCUACAGUGACUUGGGUAAUGCCGUUGCUCCUGCCGGAUGGAGCGAUAAUUUCAAACCUGAACGCGCCAAGACGGUUUUCUUUGGGGAAUACCAGUGCAAGGGACCAGGAUCCAACCAUGCUACAAGGGCCAAGUUCACCAAGAACCUGGCACCAGCCCAGGCCAACCAAUUCCUCUCCCUUGGUUUCAUUCAUGCCUCCAAAUGGCUUCUCCCUCCUCCCAAGAUGUAAAUACAUCAUCAUGUAUAUGGGCUCCAUGUUUUAUCAAAAAAAAAAAAGAGUAUAUGGGCUCCAUGCUAGUAAUAGCUAAAAGGAGUGAAUUGUGG